AUGGAGAAAGCCGCCGGUGUUCCAUUGUUUCAAGUUUGGGGUAGUAUGACCGAAUUUGAUCAGCUACAGUUAAUCAGAAACUUGACCCAGAUCGAAGCUCAAUUAUCAGCUAUUCAUUUCCCUGCUUAUGGAGGACUGUAUCUUCGAACAGAUAUAGAACAACCAAACAAGCCCCUUGGUGACGAACUUGACCCAUCUUUUUGUAUUGGACCUUCUUGCGACCGAAGAUAUGAUCCUGAUCCAAGUCUGGACUUUGAUAAAGGACCUUGUGAGUUUCCUGCGUAUUUUGACAGUUUAUAUACUUACUGUCCAUAG